GCAUCAUCAUCAUCCCCUUCCAUCCUCUUCUUGUUCCUCCUCCUGCUCCUGCUCCUCCAUCACUAACAUCUCCUCUUUCUGCCAUUUUCCAUCUUUCUAUUCCAUCACAUUCUCGCCCACCAUGACGCAACACAUAGUUAUCCAGCAGCUCGACAACCUGCUAUCGCAGGUCAAGGCCCUCGACCUCUCCUCCUUGGGCCCCUCGGACCGUGCCAAAGCCCAACAGUCGCUUGUCGAGGCCUUGUCCACUGCCGAAACACCCUAUGAGCAUCUGCUCAGGCUUUCAGGAUCUCACUUGCACCUCGCCUGUCUCCGCCUCGGUGCGGACAUCAGCCUCUUCAAGACCCUGUCUGAGAGUGAGAAGCCGUUGUCCGUCGACUAUCUUGGCAAACAGCUCGGCAUUGCCCCCGACCUUCUUGAACGGGUCCUGCGGUUCUUGGCCUCCGUGGGCACCGUCAAGCAGACUUCCAAGGACACAUACGCCCCUGACAAGAUCAGCCAUGCCAUGGCCAGUCUCGGCCUUGAUUCCGGAGUCCAUCUCUUGUUCGACAUCCAUGACAAGACGUACCAGGCCCUCCCAGACGCCGUUGCCGAGCUAGGCUACAAGGAUGUGGACGACAUCCGCAACGGCGUCUUCCAAAAGGCGUUCGGGACAGACCUGUCCUGCUACGAGUACCUCGUACAUCAUCCCGAGCUCCAGGGGUACAUGCAGGAUGCCAUGAAGCUCCAGCCCCCCGACGGCGACUGGCUCGCGGCGUUGCCCGUCGACAAGGAGGUCGCCCAGUGGCAGGCCUCGGACCCCGAACGCGUCUUGUUCGUCGACAUCGGCGGCGGCAUGGGUCACCAGUGCCUCCGCCUCCGUGAGCGCUACCCCGAUGCCCCCGGCCGUGUCAUCGUGCAGGACAUGCCCAUCACCAUUGGCCGCAUUCCCAAGCCGAUGCCGCACGGGGUCGAGGCCAUGGCGCACAGCUUCGACGACCCUCAGCCCAUCAAGAAUGCCAAGUUUUACUACUUGCGCAACGUCCUCCACGGCCUGCCCUACGACCACUCCGUCUCGGUGCUGAAGAAGCUCGCCGCGUCAAUGGGCGCCGAGUCCCGUCUCGUCAUCGACGACCUGGUCGUUCCGGACGAGGGCGCCUGCAGGCAGGCCUGCCAGCUGGACUUCAUCAUGAUGGCCUCCAUUGCCGGGAGGAAACGGACAAAGACCCAGUGGUACACGCUUCUGGAGGCCGCCGGCUUCAAGAUCCUCGACAUUCACACCUACAGCUGGCCGCUCCAGGACUCGCUGAUCAUUGCCUCGCCUGUCCAUCUGAGCUAACUGGCCGCCUGUCCUCCACACGAGAGGGUGUUUUUUGCAGGUCUUUCAGUUCCAGAUGGGGUGUCUCCACGUUGAGAUUCAUGGACCAGCGAGAGGGUUUUUCAUAAUAGGCAAUUUUGCCCGGCUAGUUGCUGCAAAAUUUGAAGCUGUGCAAGAAUUGUAGUACUAUAGUGAUGAAAGUCAAAUGAGAAUUUAAUUUCAAAC